AUGUGUCCCGAACGCAUAAUCCAUCAGCGCGUCGCAGGUGGUGAUAUUCCCCUGCGCAGACCCAACGAUGUCAUACGGCACGAGUCUCCGCUGCAAACACAGCAUGGUUUGCACAAUCCACGCCUGCCCGGCGGGACUCAGCUGGUUGCGAUCUUCCUUAGAUUUGGUGCAGUAUUUGAGGCCGUAGCCGAGCGGGUAGCCUGGGGGACCGCAGUGGAAGCGCGAUUCGAGACAGAGAGGGUAGAAGCUGCAGUCGUUGGGUUGGGGGUUGGUGCAUUCUUCGAGUGUGCUGGUGUUGGUGUUGCGGCUGCACGGGGAGGUCUUGAUACAUACCCUGCUAAAGCUGCAUUCGCAUGGUCGUGGAUAAUAGCAGCAUUGCUCAGGCCAAUGAUGAGCGCGAACAACGCUCCUAUGAGCAGAUGA